ACAUUGGACUUUUUGAUAACCUUCUGUGCCAUGCUCCACCAAAGCAAACAUACUUCUUCGCAUCAACCCGCCAACCAGCAAGGACCCAACAAUGCCGCUGCCGAACCUCCGCCGUAUUUUUUCGUCUUUCCGGACACCAGAGGAAGAGGCCCAGAUCUCCCGCUCGGCAUUUUUCAGGUUUUCAGGGUACAUCCUCACCUGCGCAUUCAUCACCUGGGUUGCUGCAAAGCAAGGCACACAUCUUCGUCUUGGAGCACCAGGAGGCGCAUAGCCUUGGGCUCGUUACUUAGUGUACUAUACCAUGCAGCCCAGGACAGCCGAAUACACUGUUCGCUCUUCAUUGGAACAUACGGGAUAUGGAGCGUGUCGAUUCUUCGAUCGGACAGGACGCCAAACACAAUCAAUUGCCUCUCAAUCGCCUCUCAAUUGCCUAGCAUAUACCUCCCUGAAACUCGCGGCAUAUUGACUCGGCUGUAUCUUUUCUGGCAAAAACAAGCUGCUGAGCUAUCGAUACCAUUGGCCUGAUCCAAGCAUGCUUUUGUGCAGAAAAAUAAAUCAAAACAUGAUGAAGU